GUCCUCCUCAAAUGAUAACUUGCAAGUGUAUUUAGUUCUCAUUGAUUAUCUACUCAACUAUGGUAGGCGGAUGAUGCUGACGUAACGCUCCUAGAUACCCUCGUGAAGAGGAGGCGCCACUCCUUCAAGACAAUAAGCCAUGUCUAACGGGAACACACCGCCAUCGAUCUGGAAUAGACAGUCUGGUCCCCGUAUAGGAAGAAUUGGAGAUCCGAACGGCGGCGAAGGCAAUGGGAACUCAGCCCCAUCUCGGCCUGGCGCACCUGGUCGAAUAGCAACUCUCUCUUCUCUAUCAUCUUCAGGGCCACCACGACCCCAGCAACCCAGCGAUGAUGAAGAUGAUGAAGGUCCAGAUAAAGGAGGCGAGAGUUGGUUUGCGGGUGGGGAACGAAGCGGGAUCUCCGUGCAGAACCCUGGAAGUCGUGACCCGGGUCCAAGGAUAGUCCAGGAUAUCCUAAGGCGGGCCGCUGAAACUUCUGUGACUCGUCCCCCCCAUCCAGUCCAUGGGGAGUCACCUUCAUUGGCGUUUCGUGGGGGCGGUCAUAUGCUAGGAAGCGACGAAGUCGAAAGCACGUAUAUCCCUGAUCCUGAUGCACCCGAUGAAGAAGGAGAAGUUGAAGUUGCCCAACGCAAUAUCACUUUCUGGCGUAACGGUUUCAGCGUUGAAGACGGCGAGUUCUAUAGCUAUGCAGACCCUGCAAACGAGCAACUUCUUACAGAGAUUAACACUGGUCGUGCCCCGGUUUCUGUAUUGAACGUCCGCCCUGGGCAACCAGUUGAAGUGGUGGUAACGAAGAGAGUAAACGAGGACUAUGUUCCAGAGAAACGCCCAACCAAGGCCUUCUCGGGUUCCGGCAAUAGACUUGGCUCGCCUGUACCCAACUUCACUCAUGGGGCUUCUACGAGCGCCACGAUGCCUGGCUCAUUCCCUAGCGCAAGUUCAUCUUCCUCGACAACCAGGAACCCUCCUGCAGCGCGCGAACGCAUUGAUACCCUAUUUGCAGUCGAUCAGACACAGCCUACUACGACCGUCCAAGUUCGUUUGGCGGACGGGACAAGGUUGCCAUGCAGGAUGAAUCACACCCACACAGUUGGUGACAUUCGCAACUUCAUCAACGCCGCGCGACCGGAGAAUACUUCGCGUCCCUACACGAUCGGGACAACAUUCCCGAAUCGUGUACUAGAUAACGAUAGUCAAUCGAUCAAAGAUGCUGGACUGAUUAACAGCGUAGUCGUGCAGCGUUGGGUUUGAGAAUAUUGCCACUAGCUAGAGUUUUUGGAAGCGUGGCAAUGUUUUCGCCAAAAUUAUUGUGAUAAUGAUGUCGAAAAAUUGU